CAAAGCGCUAAGGAAUGUGCACUUAUUAAUAUUCAGUCCACGGGAGGGUUUAAGAGUUCGGAUGCAUAAACUGGAAGAAAUAUCUAAAUGUGUGGGGUUUAGAGAGACUGGUUGUGAUUUCCACAUCACAUGUUACUUCUUAAACAAGGUGUGAAGCAGUGAGUCGUCAUCUGGCGAAUACCUACAUCAGUACACAUGAGGGUUAACCUCACAAUCUACAAGAAAAGACAUCCAUUCAUCAGCACUGCUGGAAACAUUUGAUGGAGCAAACACAAUGCUCUUGAUCAUCUUCCAAACCUGUCUGAGAGGGAUCUACAGUUGUCACUGGACCAGUCAUAGUAAUACGCGACGAAAAACGGCAUGCUACUGGUUCUCUUUUCUUUCUUUUGUAUCCAUACUUGCCCUGCCUUGGAUGUACAUUUGUUAUAUUGCUUACAAUGACCACAGUGAUUUAAAUUGGACAGCCUUCAGAACACUUAAAAAAUGGGUGAACUGGUACAUGAUAUUGUUGGUCAUUUCUGCUGUGCUAGCCACAUACUGCCUUCUUCUACAGGUAUUUGCAUUACUGCAUUUUGCAAUCCGAGAACCCUUGGAUUUACACUGGCUGCACAAGGUAUUGCUGAUCUUGGGUCUCCUCAUUGUCACUCUUGGCACAGCUGGGAUGAGCAUAAAAUGGAAAGAGGAGUGGAAAACAGUCUAUAUGUCAUUUCAGGCUACUGCUCCGUUCCUGCAACUGGGAGCUCUGGUGGCUUUGAUUCUGAUCAGCUGGCUCGUGUUUCAGAGUUACCAUAGAGCAAAAACAACUGCUUGUAAGGUCUUUAUAAUGGUGACCUUCCUGAUAGUGUCAGCUGCCGUGUUUCUGUGCCCUCUUGUAAUCUGCUCUCCAUGCAUCAACAAUACUCUUCCCCCAAAGCCUGCACUCGUUGGACAUCGCGGUGCUCCUAUGCUGGCUCCAGAGAACACCAUGAUGUCAUUCCGGAGGAGUGUGGAGUGUGAAGUAGUGGCAUUUGAGACCGAUGUACAGCUCAGUAAGGACAUGAUGCCUUUUCUCAUGCAUGACGAUGGCUCAAAUUUUCUGUUAAGAACGACUGAUGUGAAAUACACAUUUCCAGGACGAGAUAACUACACACACACCAACUUCACAGUGCAAGAGUUAAAGAUGUUAAAUGCAGGCGAAUGGUUUUUAAGGACAGAUCCAUUUCGAACAGUCUCAUCACUCUCAGAGGAAGAGAAGAUGCAAGCUAAAGAACAGACUGUGCCAAUGCUAUCAGAGCUCUUGGUCCUGGCCAAAGAGCAUAACGUCUCCCUCAUGUUUGACCUAAAAAAUGAGAAAAAUUCAACGGAAUUCUACGACAGCGACUCCUAUUAUACUAUUGAAACCAUCAAAAAAUCAGGCAUCUCACCAGACAAGAUAUGGUGGCUUCCUCCAGGAUUUAGAAACGAUGUGAGCAAGAUUGCACCAGGUUACCAGCAUGUGUAUGAUAAUGUACCUGACAUGGAUGCUGAUGGUGGAAGCUUCUUGAAUGUGAAAUAUAGUUCACUAAGCACUCGUAAAAUAAGUGACCUGCGAAAUAGGAAUGUGUCAGUGAAUCUGUGGGUUGUGAAUGAACGCUGGCUCUUCUCAUUGCUGUGGUGCACGGGGGCCAGUUCUGUGACCACCAAUGCCUGCAACCUUCUCAAAAACAUGUCUCGGCCUGACUGGCAUUUGAAGCCUGUUGAAUACAUGUGUAUAUGGAUCUCAGCUGAUGUGAUAUCAAUGCUGUUGCUGUUUGGCCUGUUUCUUUUGCAAAGGAAAAGAAAGCAUGUUUCCCACCAAAGUACAUGGGAGAGAAGUGUCCCCCUCCUUGCACUCUGAUUUGAUGUCAUCCUUGUCACGAAAGAGGGCACUGCAGUGUUUUACCUUUUGAAGGAUCGUAUGUGGUCAUUAUAAGUAAAUCAUGUCAUAUUAAGUUUCACAAAAUGAAUUCAUAUACUAUUUGUGCUUUUAUGUAGCUUGAAUUUUGUUUUUUUUGUCUUUCAUACAUUAAAAUCAGUUGCUUUGCAUUUACACAGCACUUAUUUGUAAUAGUUUUAUGUUGUUUGCUAAUGAGAUUUACACUUGUUGAAACUUUUUUUUUUUUUUAAAGAGAUUUUAUACUGCAUAUGUAGGUAUGUAUGUUUUUUUAUACUUAAAUAUUUUGGUAAUUACAGGGAAGAUAAAUUCAGAAGGGACAGUUACUGUAUAACUCCAUUGUUGUUGUGUGUUUAUUGAUAAAUGAAUAUUAGUAAACAAUGCUUUUUUUAUUAUUAUUUGAUUUCCUUGUAUAGCAAUUAGAAAUCAAGUUGUGUGCAUUUUAUAGAAUUAUUCUAUAAUUAAAUUUUGCCAAUUGCAUUAAUAAAGGAAUUUAAUAAAAUAAGUUUUUUGUAGUUAACCACAAACACAUUAUAUAGAUUUAUGAUGCAGUGUUGACUGACUGUUUUCUUAAAAGAUGAAAUGUAAGGAAUUAAUGAUUUCAUGAAUGAAUUGUGUAAACAUUGUGUAAGAAUGUGAGACUUUUACCUAAUGAAGCUGGUAAUUUGUACCAUGUUUUAUUCUAAUGAAAUGGAAAAGGCCAAGUGGCUCUCAACCACAGGCUAAUCACUUGAAGCAGUUUCACGCUCUCUCCACUAGGUGACAGGCACACUUAAUAAUAUUCAACCAUGGAAAUGGAAAAGUAUCCACUCCAAACAUCAAAAGAGCCCUUUUAACAGGUGAGCCUAUAGACCAGGGAUUUUCAAAGUCUUGGACAGUAAACCCCCCCUCUGGGAAAAUGUACAAGACUGCACCUCUCUUGAUCCUGCCCCCCUCCAUUUUUUUCUUUUUUUCUUCAGAUUUACAAACAUACAAUAAUGUUGUGUAGGCAU